GUGAUGCGUUAACACCGUCCAGUCUGGUAUUCAUCGCAGAAUAAAAUGUCAUCAGGAAUAAAACGCGUUGAAGGAGAAAUCUUUCCACAUAUCAGCGUCACAUUGUCGAAAUGUGAAUAAAAGCUCCGCGCUCGUCAAAGUUCAACUUAUUCAACUUGACUCUGGUGUUUUACUCUCAACUCUUCCCGUCACCCUCCCCGUCGACGUUACGUACGCUGCCGUGGCGUGCCUGCAAGCCAAAUAACAUGGAGUCCUCUGUCUGGCAUCUUCAAGGGAUCCAUGCAAAAACCUGAGCGGCGAUUUAGGACAGCAAGUUAGUCCGUGGGAGCAGUGAAAGCCUCUCUCCAGCAUCGUGUCGGGGCUUAAAAGCUUCAGCUCCGUCCUCAAACUAUGACGAAGGGUGCUUGAACAGCCAGGAUUCACUGCGACCCGCAAACCAGGCCGAUUUCUAAGAAGAGGAGGCUGCACAAUGUAGGGAGGCUGGUCACCAGUGGGACUCCAUACUGUUCUCUGGGGGGACCAUGGAGCCAGAAGGGCGACCCCUAUCCCCAGGGACCAGUUAUGGGCCCCCACCCAACUCGGCACAAAACCCUGUCACCCCCACCCUCAUCAACUGCACCUUACAGUCCUCAUGUUCUCCAAAUGUGAGAGAUGGCCUGAUGUCUGCCAAAUGGGGCCCUGAUGGGGAUGAGGGCCCCAAGCAGACCGAAGGCUCCCAGCCAAGUGCAGACGCAGGGAGGAGCGCACAGAGGAGAUUCAGGUCCUCAGCCUUUCCUUCCUCCCUCAGCUGGGACUCUGACUCUGAGAAAGAAACACUAGAUGAGGAGGAGCUACAGCACUUUUCUAACCCUCAUGGUCUGGCUGCUCACAGCCCAGGAUCUCCUUCUUCUGGACUCAGACUUGAUAGUGAAGAUGACCAAGAAUCUGCAAAACUGCAGCACUUGCAGAGCGAGACUGACUCAUCUACCCCUGUGGAGGGGCACAAUGAGAGCACAAAGACAGAAGAGCCAAAUACAUCUCAGCUUGGCCCAACAGACUUGUCAGACAGCAAAGUGUGGAAUGUAUCCGAGGGAGCCGAGCUGUUUCUGUCCAAAAUAAAACCAAAGGAUGGUUGCCAAAUGGAGGAGGAGGCGGAUAAUAAGGAGGAAGAGAAGAGGCCCAAGGGAAAAGAAACUAAGGAGCCUGAGAGAGAUGUGUACACCUUCCCUGGAGACUCAGACCCCGAGAGUCCCCCUCCUGCCCCCUGGGCUCAUUGCACAUUCAUUCAGCGGUGCAGAAAGAAGAGGGUGCUGCUCAGGCCCUUCUCCGGACUUGGCACCUUGAAGCGCACAUUGCCUGAGACUGGCAAGCGGGCCAGAGGGAGUCCUCAAAAAUUAAAAACAACAGGGACGGCACAGUCGAAUCCAUGUGGAGGGGUGUAUGACUUUGAGGAAGUCAGCUUUGGAGAGGCAGCGGUGGAAGAACCGAUAAAGUUCAGAGAGAGAGAAGGGAAAAGCGACAAAGAAGAAAGGGGGCGAGAGCCAGGCAAAGAAAUCUUCACCUGCGUGGAAUGUAGCAUUUACUUUAAAAAGCAGGUCCACCUGCAGGAGCACAUAGUUGAGCACUGUCAGAGUGGUGCAGGGUGUGGAAGGCGGUUAGGAAAGGGUGGCCGUUUCCGCUGUAUGGAGUGUGGAUGGAACUUGCCGAAUCGGCUUGCACUGGCCGAACACCACAGAAGGCACCAGGAAUCCCGUCUGAAGAUUUUGGAGGAGAUUGAGAAACUGAAUGAAAACGGGAAGGCAAGAGAAAUUGAGAAGCUUGACAGUAAGAUGGUGAAGCAUACAAGCUCAGACCCAGCUAUUAUGCAAGAUCCAAGCCCAGCCUCGAUUCCAGGCAAAAUGUCAGACCCAGAAAUAGUCACAACUCCACCUCUUUCCCCAGCCCCAGUUUCAACACCAGAUGCAGACCCAGCAGUUAUUGACUCAACUCCUCAGAAUUCAGUUCGAACUCAGGCUCAGGCCCGAGCUGCGCCUGCCUGCCGCCGACGCUUCGUCUGCACCAAGUGUAACUUUAGCACAAGAACCCCCCAGGCACUGGCUAAUCACAGCAAGACUCACAACAGAAAAAAAACCAACAUCCGGGCUGACUCUCCGCCCCCUGGUUCACCAUCAUGUUCGCUAGCCUGUGGUCACUGUGCCUUCCUGACCUCCAGUCAAAGUGUAAUGAGGGAACACCAGAAACUUGUUCACCCGGGACAGGCCUCCAUCGGUGGGGUGCAGGAUGAGGAGACUGGCCAACAUUCAAGGUCUAAUUCGGGUGCUCAAAUUUCAAAGCCCACCCUGGAUUCUGAGCGUCUCUCUGGGUCUGGAUCUGGAUCCUCUCCCAAUGCAAAUCAAGGCAAAAGCCAGCAAGGAGUCACUGCCUCUGAGGACAGCACAAUGCCAGAAAACGCUGCGGCAAGGCCCACCAGCCAGGUGGUCUUUAAGUGCGGUGGGAACAGGAGAUUCAGCAGGAGAGGGAAGACUUGGACUGAUCUGGCCAAGUUUCUGGAUGAUGACAAGCUGACUGGCAGUGAAGAAGAAGAGCAGGAUGAAGAGCAGAGCACAGAGAUUGAUACUGAGUGUUCUCAAAAAGACACCGACUCACCUGUUGGAGUGAAACCACACACCAGAGCACGAUCUAACACAGAUGACUGCCCAGCACAGCAGAGUGCUACAUCAUCGCUCCCUUCUGAGAAGUGUGUGAAGGACGAAGACAAGCUGGAAGUGGAGAAAGAUGGAAAGGUUUUCUUUUUGAGGAGGAGGAGCAACCGGGUUACUGCUGCUUCUGCAGAAAUUGACAGUGACGAUGACGACGACGACAUUGACGAGGAAUGUGUGCGACGUUUCCUGUCAGAGGGCAUCUUGGAUGAAGACCCAGAUGAGAUUGAUGGGGACUCGGAAGCGCUCAAGAGUGUGGAGAGGAAAUGCCCCUACUGCCCUGAUCGAUUUCAUAAUGGCAUCGGGCUUGCCAACCAUGUGAGAGGCCACCUAAACCGUGUGGGCGUCAGCUACAAUGUGCGUCACUUCAUAUCUCCUGAGGAAGUCAAUGCUAUUGAGAAGAAGUUCUCAUAUCAGAAGAAGAAGAAAAAAGUUGCCAACUUUGACCCGGACACAUUCAGCGUGAUGCACUGUGAGUUCUGCAGUGCUGGCUUCGACACCCGGGCCGGCCUGUCCAGCCACGCCCGGGCCCACCUCCGUGACUUUGGCAUCACCAACUGGGACGUUACCAUCUCACCAAUCCACAUCCUGAGGGAGUUGUUCUCCAGCAGGCCCGAUCUUGUAAUCCCCACAGCUCCCCCUCGGAGCCCCGGCUCUUCACAGGAGGAGGGCGAGGAGGAGGAAGAGGAGGAGGAGGAGGAGGAGGAGAGGGAAACAGAGGACGAAGGGGAAGGAAUCAUUGAGGUAAAGCUAGAGGGGGAGACAAGUGAAAGGAUGCUGAGUGAUGCUCUGCCUUCACCUUCUCCUCAACACUGCAAGAAGGAGGACGGUGCAGAAGAGUGUGAAGGUGAGGAGGAGGAAGCAGCUGAGGAAGAGGAUGAGGAGGAGCUACAGCGUCCAGCUCUGGAUGCUCUGAGCUCAAGCCCCGGGAAAACAGGGCUGUGCAGCGCAGACUCCCACAGCCUCUCUCCUGGGGAGGAUGCAGACUCCAAGGUCCACAACUUGAAGUGUGAGGUGUGCGGAGCUCAGUUUGAGACGAGGCGAGGACUGUCCUGCCACGCCCGCUCCCACUUGCGCCAGCUGGGCAUCACAGUUUCAGAGAGCAGCGGCACGCCCAUCGACCUCCUCCACCGAAUCGCCAAGGAACGCAACAUAGACAGCCAAAUAAGCUCAUCUCUUCUGGAGCCCCUCUCUGCCAAGAACUCCUCACCGUCUGUUCCUCAGAAAGAUGAGGAAUUAGAAGACAUGGACUUAGACGAGAAACCCAUCCCUCUCUCCAUCCUGGCCAAAGCAGCCAAAGCAGUGCCACCCUCUUCCUCCUCCACGCCUACACCUUCUCCUGGUGCCUCUCCAGCUCCGCCUCAUUCUGGCUCCCCUCCCUCAGUAGUGAGGAAAGCCCCCAUUUCCUCUCUGCUGCCUGUGUCUUCCCCCUUGCGCUCACCCGAGCACAAGUCUGGGGGAAUGAAAGGCUUGAUCUCUAACCUCUCUGCCCCGGCCACCGUCACAUCCAAACCCCUCUGGGCGCCGCAGGAGAAUGACGCUCCUCUCAACCUCACGCUGGAGGUGGACCCCAACAAGGACAUCGUUUGUCAGCUGUGUGGAGCCUGGUUUGAGACUCGGAAAGGCUUAUCGAGCCACGCACGAGCCCACCUGCGGCACUUUGGGGUGGAGUACUCUGAAUCCAAGGGCUCUCCCAUCGACCUCCUGAACCAGCUCAUCGACACCGACGACUUCAAGCACAAAGCCAGUGCACUGCAGCUGGACAGCCACGAGGAGCCACGGGGCCUCAUGACCACGCUCUCCUCCCAGAAGCAGUCCCUGCUGAGCCUCUCCUCCUCUGCCUCCUCCUCCCUCCUCUAUAAGGUGACCACAGCUGGAGGUGGGUCCACAUCCAAAGCUACCUCUUCCUCCGCCUCCUUACUUGGCCCGCCUGCCAAGCGUCUCAAGUCCUCUUCCAUGCGGGUCUUCCGCCUCAGCAGCGGGGAGCUCAUGGCCCUACCACACAGUGAACCUCCAAAGGAAAUAGGCUGCGAGUUCUGCGGGGAAUAUUUUGAGAACCGUAAAGGCCUCUCCAGCCACGCCCGCUCCCACCUGCGCCAGAUGGGCAUCACUGAGUGGUCCGUCAACGGCUCCCCCAUCGACACCCUGAGGGAGAUCAUCGCCAGACGGGGCCUGCCUUGCGCUCUUCCUCUAAAACCUCUCAAAACCCCACCUCCGUCCUCUCCCGGACCUCCCCGUUCACCUCUGCCAACCUCCUCGUCUCCUUCGGCUUCCCUCCUCAGUCGCCUCCCCUUCGCCUUCGCCCGCCCCUCCAGUCCUCUUCAGUCUAAGUCGAGCUCAGCUCCACCGACGUCGACUAGCGGGAUGAUCCUGAAGCUGAAGCCUGAGCCGGUGCAGCUGGAGGUGACCGCGCCUGCAGCUGUGGGGAGAUCUGCCGGCUUCUCUGCUGAAGCUCUCAACUGUAGUUGGAGCAGCUCUGACAGUGUGUUCCCCCUCAACUUAGCCAUGACCCAUGAAGUGGAGCCGACAAGAGAUAUCCGCUGUGAGUUCUGCGGGGAAUAUUUUGAGAACCGUAAAGGCCUCUCCAGCCACGCCCGCUCCCACCUGCGCCAGAUGGGCAUCACUGAGUGGUCCGUCAACGGCUCCCCCAUAGACACCCUGAGGGAGGUUAUGCACAAGAGAGGGGUGGGCGGCACCUCUAACUCCAACCAGGGGGUGAAGAAGGAGUCGGGCCACGGAGCCAGCAGCCCGCUAUGGGAGAACACGGGGGGCAGCAGCACCGCAGAGGGUCUGGCUGUUUCAGCCUAUCAUUCCUCCAAAUACCGCAAAUCUCCGCUCAGUUUGCUGCAGUCUGGAACGAGGCUCCAUAAGCAGGGUCUGGGGUCCACAUCUGCUACCCCACCUGCAGGGAAGUAUUUCAGGCUGUCCCCACUGGGGAAGAGGCCUCUGUCUGAGGAGGCGCAGUCAGCGGAGAGCGCCCACUCACCGCCACAUCAGCUGAAGACCUUCUCACCUCUGCCACAUGAUUUCUCCUACAAAAGAAAACCUUCCCCAGACAAGCACGGACACCAGGAUCCCAGUUGUGAGCUGUGUGGCUUCUACUUUGAGAACCGUAAGGCUCUGGCGAGCCACGCACGAGCCCACCUGAGGCAGUUUGGAGUGACUGAGUGGUGUGUAAAUGGAUCCCCCAUCGAGACGCUUAGCGCAUGGAUGCGCAGCAGGCCGCAGAAGGUGUUGGAGAUGCAUCGUAGCUACAUGCAGGGCAACCGCUCCGCCCUCAAGAAGAAGAGCAGCUCCCCUCUCUCUGUGCCAACGGAUUCUGAUCAUAUCCUCCCCAUCUCAUCGCAGAAGGCUUCCUCUUCCUCCUCCUCCUCGUCCUCCUCCUCCCAGUGGUCUUCUUCUUUGGCCGUCAGCCUGGUGCGUCCGCUGAGCCGCGAGGUCAGCCAGGGCUCUUCCAGGACUGCUGAGGGUGAAGCCGCCACCAACCAACAUGCUGCAGUCCGGCCCGGCCGCAGCAGCCCCAGCCCCUCACGGCUCGCCGCCGGCAACCUCCCGCUCCAGGCACAGGUGGCACGUAGUGAGCUGAACGUCCGCCUGCCCAGAGGUUUUGAACGUCGACCCUUGAAGCACCCGUCUUGCCCAGAUGGAACAGAGAGCCCUCCUAAACCCCCUCGCACAGGCACUGUCCCCGCCCUGGUGCCCAAACCACCCUCCUACCCACUGGUCAAACUGGUGGGCAAGUUCUACACCCUGAAGUGCCGGUUCUGCGAGGUGGAGUUUCAUGGUCCGCUGUCGGUGCAGGAGGACUGGAUCAGACACCUCCAGCAGCACAUCCUCAAGAUGAACUACAACAAGCUUCCCGCGCCCAAAGCAGCUUCCGCCGAACCCCAAGUGGACGAGCCGGCCUCUCUCCAGGCCUCUGCCCCAGCCUCCACCUCUACCUCCAGUACCACCUCCACCACGCCCGCCCUCACCUCCACCCCGACCCGCACCACCUUCCCAAACAGCCGCUCCCCCACGCCUCCGCUGGCCGAGUGUGCUCCGCCCGUCACUGCCACAGAGAUUGUAAAGGUCUCAGAGGAGCAGCCCACCCUGUCCCCAACUCCUCUUGCCCUCUCCACUCAGACAGUGUAAGCUCAAAUUUAUCACUGUCAUUUAACCCCCCUCCUCCCCUUUAGUUUCCUGCCUUUAUAAUAUCUUUUCGUCCAUCUGUUUCUUUCCUUUGGCCUUCACAAAGUGUUGCUGAGGAGGAGUGUUUCCCCUCCAAAGAGCCCUCUGAGCCCCAAGCACCUUUGAAGCAGCUUUCUAGACUGUUACUAAGUCCCGUUACCAUGGGAACGAAGCUCUCCUGGCUUAUCUGCGCAACAAGGAUGGGUGAUUGUUCAAAGUGUUAGAGGUUAUGAGGAGAGAUGGACUGAUGUUUUGUGUUUGCCUUGUUAUAAUUGAAUGUCCAGGUGUUGACGUGGACCGUUGCUGUACCUCUCCUCCCAUUCGCUGGGGGAUUCAGGGGUUAACAUAGCCCUUUAUCAAACUUCAACCCCCGUUUACGACAGUUUCGCCCCCCUCUCCCUUUAUGAACAGACCGGUGAGUCUUUGAGCAUUUUCUAUCAGCACGCUGGUAGCGCUGACCUCUCACCCAAAGGUCCUGACUGAGAUUAAAAUGACAUUAAUAAUCAUACUAGUCUUGUGAGUUGAGACUUCAAACGUGGUAACACUUAGUGUUAAAACAAGCACUUUCAAUGUUGACAUUGUCACUUAGCACUUACUGAAACGCCCGUUUAAAAUGGGUGAAAUUUGACUAAUUCCAAUUGGUUAAAGGAGCAAGAAGCGGAAGCACAAAAAGGGAAAAUCCCCCUUGUUGACUUUAUAAUGUAAUUCUUUUCCCAAAAAACAUACAUUUUGCUUGAAUGUAGCCUAAAGCACUUAUUGAUACCUUAUAUGCACACAUUCAUACACAAUCAGCCCCCUCAUGAUGCCCCAAUUCGCUCUACAAGGGGAAGGCAACCUGCAGCUCUCCACUGGCUCCCUGUGGUUAGACAAAAAAUAUAUAGAAGUGAAUAAUUGUUAUUUUUCAACUUUUUUUAUUUAAUUUAUCAUUGUAGGCCUAAAGUGAUUCUUACAUUCUUCAAUUGUAAAAAAAAAAAUGUGUAGCUCAUAUACUGAAUAAAAACAAAAAGUUUUAACAUUGUAGUAAAUUAAGAUGUGCGUCCUAGCUUAUGUACGUGUACGGCCCGGCGCCUUGUCCCCCAACUUCAGUACCAGUGGCUAGCCUUAAAGUCAUUUCAGCUAGCUUUGGACUCCAAAUCCACAGCUAGCCUGGGUUCCUUCAGUGUCCUGACUCUCAUUUGCACUUGGAUCCUCUCAUAAUUCUGACAGAAACAUGUUAAUAAUUGCUCAGUUAGUCCGAUAAAUAGAGCCCGACCGAUAUUGGAUUUUUGAGCCUAAAAACCAGUCGAAUCUGCCAAAAUCGUGUUUUAUUUGCUCUGGUAGAUACCUCUAUUGGGCCCCAUCAACAGUUUAUCUCAUAGCAGGUGGGUUUGAUAGGAUGACUGACGUCCAGCUCAGCUCACAAAAUGUAGAAUAAACUGUCAAACUAGGCAUCCGUGUUCAAAUAUAAAUCAGGAUUGUGUUACUGCGAUGCCGGUUUCUCUCCUCAAAGGUUUUCAGAAACACAUUUUAAUGUACUUUUCAGCUGUAUUUUGAGAAACUUUAUGACCAAACCUGUCACCCAUUACUCUGAUUUCUUGGGAAAACAGCCUUGGAAUUCAAAUUAAGAUCUAGUCUGGUGAUGCCAGGCUACCGUGUUAGGAAGUAAAUCAUUCCCAUAUUGAUAUUUUGGCCGAUAUAGCAUAUAUACAUGUAACAUUAUCUCAACACCAUUCUUUAUGUUAUCACAUAUUGGCAGAAUGGGUGAAGUGGUUUGCUAAAUUUGCUGUUUUAUGUUCAGAAAUGCAAAUACUUUUGUUACACAAGCUGUGUUGUGACUUUUACUUUUAGCUCCUCUGUGUUGAAUGAAAACAUUUAAACUGAUACAAUAUAUAUGUGACAGGCCAAUAUCGGCUAAUAAAACAGUCCCAUGUAUCGGUCGGGCUCUACCUGUUAGUAAUGUUGGAAGGUUAAGUUAGACUUAAUAAAUGUAACCUUUACUGUAAGGCUUAAAAAAACACUCUUGCAGCGCCAGAGAACCUUUUUCUUUUCUUUCUUUUGGGCCAAAAAUGUCUGUUUUGAUAGUAAAGGUUGCCGAUCCCUGUACUAUACCAUUGAUAGUUCUACCUUUCACCCUGUCACUACUCUACAGUCUGCUGCUUUCAGCAGACAGGGCUGCUGUUGUUCUGUAACGUCCCUUUUUGGAUUGGAGAAAGGACCAUGGAAAACGUUCAAGGUUACACUUUUCAAGUUUUUCCAUUCACAGUGUUGCCAUUUUCUUCCUGCCUUUUUCAAUUCAACCCGAGUUAUUAUUUAUUUAUGAUUAUGCAUCUGAAUGUGGUAAGCUAGGUCAUUUUAAAGCUAAAGUAGAACUCUGGAAUGUUUGAAAAUAGGUCAGCGGUGCACUUUUUACACAAGUGCACAAUGUGUGUGUGUGUGUGUGUGUGUGUGUGUGUGUUAGUUUGUAUGUUUGUGUACAUACAUAGCAAAUGUGCAUUUGUUUCCCAAUUUAAAGAGAAAGACAGAAGUAAACCUGCUUGAUAGGAAGACACCUCCUUUGCUCAAAGUGGACUGAAAGUGGGAGCCUGUCUGUAUGUGGUGUGAUCAGGACUUAAAUGCAUCCGUCGUCGUGUUAGGAUGUGCCAAAGAGUCUGUUUACUUCCUUGUCUUGCCUCUGUAAAAGCUGUUUACAUUGGACCUGAUGGUGGAGGAAACUCUGCACAGCUACCGAGUUCCCUGAGGCUCCACACUGAACAAUGGACUGAAGCAGCCGAGAUCUGCGCCACCACACGCACCGCUGAGGACUCGGAGCGGCUUCAUGGGAUACAUGUCGUUACUGUAGACUUAGAUUAUUCCAAUUAAACAUGAACACAAACCAAACUUGCUUUCCAGCCGGGCUCUUGAACUGCCAGCCCUCGGUCCAAACACAGAAACACGUCUGACCUCGGGCUCCUGAAGUCUGCCGUCUGUUUCUUUCUACAUUGCUUCAGAGUGCGUUCAUAUCAACCCAGAACUGAAGCAAUAACUAAAGGGUCCAUGUAGGCUGGCGACCUUUUGAAGUUUGUUCCAGUGUUCAAAAAUGACUGUUCCAAACGAUACCCAAACCCUUUUAUGGAGUAUAGAUACAUACUAUAUAACUACAUGUACUUAAGAAGCUGUUGAUGCUAGUAGAGCUAUCAGCAGUUCUAUUAGCGAGGUAGUUAAAAAAAAUAAGUGAUCUUAAUUCCUCUAUUGUGAUUUGAUUUCAACCUUUGAUGCUAUGUAUUUUUUAUUGCUCUGUGCAUUUCUGUAUUUGCAGUCCUGCAAGGUGAAUCUUUAGAGUAUUUUUUAUUUUUAUCCGUUAGUCUCUCGGAGCUAAAACUUUGGUGCUGGUGAGAAUGCGGCAGGUCAGGGGGGAGCUGGGCGAGUGACUGAGCGUGAGGAAGACAUUUUAACGUGAUUGUCAUGUCCUUGUGUCAAAAGGACUCUAAUACGCAGGACUUAAAGGGGACCACUUUGCACACAGUGAGAUAUGAUCCUCCUGCAUUCACAGGGUGAUAGAUGCCGUGGCCUCGUGCAGGUCUACGGCUGUGUUGCUGUGUGAGAUGCAGGCUGGUGCAUUAGUCUUCCCUUUAGCCUCAGCUGGUGUAACCGGCUGUUUUGUGCGUGUGUGUGUGUGUGUGUGUGUGUGUAUGAGUGUAUAAAAAAGACAGUGAGAUGAAAUGAAGAAAAAAGAUGCAGUUGAGGAAAGAAUCGUACUGUACACAAAGGGUUAAGUUUUAAGUGAAUCAACUCCAGAACAAACAAUAAAUGUGAUUUCAAUUUCA